AUGUCUAGUCCAGCUGCUUCUCCCUCUCAACAGUCUACCUCUACAAAAUUACUUCCUACCGAUCCACCUAUGGUGGCUAAUCCUUUAGGAGAGGGCAAGUAUAUCCAAACUGCUGGAUGUAUCAUCAUCGGAGAUGAAGUGCUUAAUGGGAAAACGAAAGAUACCAAUUCCAACUUCUUUGCUCAAUUUUGUUUCGAUCUUGGAAUUGAACUGAAACGUAUAGAGGUUAUUGCGGAUGAUGAAGAUGAAAUCGUCGAAGCUGCCCGACGAAUGACGGAGAAAUACGAUUUCGUAGUUACCUCAGGUGGGAUCGGACCCACUCAUGAUGAUAUAACCUAUCAAUCCCUCGGUAAAGCAUUCAACCUUCCCCUGCGACAUGAUCCCGAGACACUGAAGCGGAUGUGGGAAUUAUCUACCCCGCAACGAAAAGAGGAAUUAUCAAAGGCUACUCCUGCUCAGAAAGAGGCCAGAGAGAGGAUGGCUCUUUUCCCUACUAAUGUAGACAAAGAUGAGAAUAAAAGUAAGAGUGAGGUGAUUUUUGUGGAAGGGGAUAAGUGGGUUCCUGUGGUCAGACUUGGUGGCAAGUUAUGCGUCUUCCCUGGUAUUCCCUCAUUGUUUCAACAACUCUUACUUGCCUUGACACCCUAUCUACCUUUACCUCCUGCAUCUAGUAAACCGUUCAGACAUCUCAUAUAUACUUCUAAACCUGAAUCUGUGAUCGCACCAUACUUGACGGAAUUACAAGCUAGGGUCAAAAAGGAAGGUAUAAGGAUCGGAUCUUAUCCUUACUUGUAUUCCGGCGUACAUGUCAGUCUCAUAGGGCAUGAUAUAGAUCGAGUAAGAGAAUUAGGACAGGAGGUCGUUAGAGAGGUCGAUGGUAAAGUUGUAUCUGAAGGUAAAUUAGGGAAUGAGACUGAGAAGGCAAAGGUAUAG